AUGGAGACUACCGUACGUGUGUACGUGGGUGGCCUGCCCGCGGACGCCAAGAACCAGGAGCUGCGUGAACGUUUCGGCCGUUUUGUUAGCAAUGCAGCAGACUGCCGACUGGCGGACGUGGAGCUCCCCAAACCCAAAUUAAUGGGGACUUUUGUGCCGCCGCCCAGGACUUCACGUGGCUUCGCAUAUCUGACUCUGCAGGGCACGGACGCCGAGUCACAAAGCGAGAAGCUUCAGAAGACGUUUAACCGCACCAAGUGGCGUGGAUCCGUGCUUAAGCAGCAGCAACAGAUCAACACACCAACCGAAGAGCUGCAGCCAUUGAAGCUGGCGGUCAAGUUUAAAGGCAGGAAGAAGACGAGAUUCCCUGAGGAUGUGCUUGGAGAGGACGACGUGGAGGCUUUCGUGAGGCAGAUGGAGGAGGAGAAUGAGAUGGAGGAGAGUGAACAGGAGAAGAAGCCGUUGACGAAGGAGGAGGCGAAUGCUCGUCGCUUGGCGGCACUGGAAACCAAACGGCAGCAGAAAAAAGAGGAGCAGGUGGCGAUCCCACCUAUUGGCGAGGCGGUGGGCAACAAGAAGAUCACGUUUGAUGACAGUGGCAAUGAGCAGGAGCCCGAGGAACUGGAGGAACAUGACGGAGUGAUUUCGAACUGGAUGGAGUCUAGUGACGAUGAAGCGGGUGACGAAGGCGAGCGUGGAGCACGCAAAACAUUCGACUUUACGGAAGAUGCUGACGUCAAAGCACAGGCAGCGUUUGCGCUGCGUCCUGAGUUUGUCGGUGAGAAAGGAAAAAAGCUGUUCGAGAUGCAGAAGCGCUUUGGAGGCGACUCGCGUUUCCGUCUGGAUGCGCGUUUCUUGGAAGGCGAGGGGGCGGACGAAUAUGGCGGCAACGAAGUGGACGAGGAGGAGCAGGCGAUAGAUGAGGAGGCGAUCGCCGAGCUUCAAAACUUCCUGGACGAGGAGAACGUCGAAGAAGCUGCUCGUCAUGCGCGUGAAAUGCGCGAGGAGGAGGAGGCUGCGUUGCGCGUGGUGUCCAAGCUGUUUCCUGACGUGGAUGUGACUCGUUUGCAGCGGAGAAUGCAGGAACAGCGCACUCCAAAGGAUCCAUUGAAGGAGGCCGCCUGGAUGGGAGAACUUAAGCGCUACGACCCACGUGACACCCACGCGUGUCGCGAGUUUGAGAUCCCCAUGACAACAACUUCUUCUGGCGUACAAACAGAAGAAGAAGCUACUGCGCCACUCAAACGCGAAGAGAAGGAGAUCGUGACGGGUGGAGAUCGAUUCUUCUCGACUGCUGGAGAUCUGAGCAAUCUUUUCUCUCGCGUACGUAAAAACUCGGAAGAUGGUGAAGAAGGCGAAGCUGCACUUGACGGUGUGUUUGGCUUUGGUGCACCCGCUACUGAGACCAAUGCAGAAGCUUCGUUCAAGUUGAGUUCGCUCUUCUCUUUCCCGGUUGGUGAGGAUAAACCGCUUGCGGCUAUGGGUGAACAACUGCUUGAAGACGAGCAGGAGGAACCUGCAUCACGUACAGGAGACUGGGCCUUCUCGCAAGGUUUCCACCACACAGAAGACCACGACGAUGAGGCUAUGGCUACGGAUAGCGAGGCUGGCGAUGACAUUGAAGACGAAGGCGAGAUUAAGGCUGAACUGGCCAAGAAACGCGCCAAGAAGAGUCUGGAGGACUUUUUAGUUUUUGGGAAGACUUUUGUCAGUGGCGAAGAGGUAGCAGAUUGGCCCGAACGGCGGAAGAAACUGACACUUGAUUACAAGCGCAAACGGCGGGACGCUGUCAAGAUGAAGAAGCGGCAGAACAAACAGCAGAACAAGGUCAAUAAAGCCAAGACAGAUACUUCGGGAACGUCUUCCAAGUGGAAAAAAACGAGGAUCUAG